AACCGGGGAAACGAUUUAAUCGAGUAGUACUCGGGUUGAAAUGAGCAAAUGUAUUAUAUUUUGUUGGGAGAUAUCGAACGUAAUCGCGUUUUGAAUACAUUAUAUAAUAUUGGUAUUGGUAGCAGUGAAAAACGAGAAUAACAUAAAUACCGGGUUAUACAGAGCGAUCGAUAUUUUUUAUACACGAUCGAAUAAAUCCGUUCGCGGCCGUUCUCCAGACGCGUAUGCGAAACGUAAAGUUUUGAGCACACAAUUGCAGCCAUUAAUUUGUAAAAUUUUGUAAAUAAGUCAUAUUUGUAAAAAGUCAUCCGUUUUCGUCACAAUAUUUACGGUAUCAAAUUCAAAACAACAUUACUAUUUGACACACUCUGUAUACUACUGUAUCUUGAAAAAUGUCUGAUACCGAAGCCCGGAUACUACGAACCGUAUAUAACUAUAUAGUAUUAUUCCGAUGCACAAUGUGUACGUAACUGCAUCGUCAGAACCCUUUGGUGCUCGCCGUUCGGUGUACGUUUGAAUCAUUUCCAUAACAAUAACAGAUUGUCAGUGCUUUGUCUCGAUUUGACUUGAUUUCCAGCAAUUUUAUUUUUCGUCUGAAACGAAAUUCUAACUCGCAAAAUGUCAUAAAUGAGUAUCUAUUUUUACCGAAUCAUUAAACUAAAAAAAUGAAUGAAACCGAUCACCAGAACGUAGGGCAUUGCAUUCGCUCUCCUAGACCACUUUCCGAAGUGUCUUACAUACCACAAACACUACCUGCAGGCCUUGCUGCCCUUUACAUGCUAUGCAAAAGGAUAUACCCAGAUCAGUGUAAUCCGCUCCAAGCUACAACUGUACUUAAGUACUGGCUUGGUGGUCCAGAUCCAUUAGAUUAUAUAAGUAUGUAUAAUAAUCCAGGAGAUCGAAUGAUUGGCAUUCCACCGCAUUGGCAUUAUAUUAGUUUUGGCUUAUCCGAUUUACAUGGUGAUGGUCGUGUACAUAAUAUUUCAAAUGAUCAAAAUGGGCCAAGUGGAUUUGGUUUUGAAUUAUCAUUUCGUCUUCUUAAAGAUCCUUCUGACCCAUCACCUCCUACUUGGCCGGCUCGUGUUAUGCAAACACUUGCUAAAUAUGUUUUUAAAACAGGGAAUACAUUGUAUGCUGGUGAUCAUGUAUCUUGGCAUUGUGGUUUAGAUGGGAGUGAAAGUCGUUUACAACAUAUUUUAAUGGCUGAAGAUCCUCAGUUACAAGUAACUGUAACACCACAUGGAUUAGUAAGAUUUGUUCAGAUUGUUGGUGUGUGUUUAGAAGAAUUACAAGCAGUUCAAAGAUGGAAUGGGCCAGGAGUUUUACAAAUAUUAAAAAGAAGUUCAGUUACUGGAGGUUCAUGGCUAAUAACAAAUAUGCGCAGAGGAGAAAGCAUGUUUGAUGUAGAUCCAUCUGUUCAUGAUGAAAUAGCUGAUGGUAUUAAAACUGAAGGUUCAAAUUUAUGUGGUAUUAGUGCAAUUUGUUCAUGGGAAGAAAUCAAUACAAUAGGUGAUGAUUCAGUCGAACAUUCUAUGCAAAAAUUACAAAUUAUUAAUAAUUCUAGAACUUCAAAUGACGAUGCAAAUGAAACUGAUGGUGAAUUAUCAGAAUUGACUCAAAAACAAUUUUUAGAAAAUAUUCAUUUGUCUUUUAAUUUAGAAGCUGGACUUUUGCUACCUUUUGUAUUGAAAGGUCGCAUUAGACAUGGUCGUCAUUUUACUUUCAAAGGGGCAACUGGUAAUGCAACUAUUACUUUUGUUGCACCGUCUGUAGCUGGAACCCUAGUCAGCGAUGAUAAACCAUUUGUAGCUCAAGGAUCUUGGUUGCAUGUGUUAUUACCAAAUAGUUUCCUUGAUAUAAUGGAAUCUAGUUUAAAGUUCCUUCAUGAGCCAUUCACGGAGUCACUGCCAAAAACCAUCAACUGGCCUGACAGAAAUUUAUCUAUUACAAUUAAUCCUGAAAAAUCAUAAUCUUUUUAAAAUUAUUUUAUUCAUUGCUCUUAGUUUUGUGAUUCUUUUGUUUUCUUUUUUCCAAAUACCUUGUAAUAUUAGUUCCUCUAAUAUUUAUAUCUUUGUUUCUCUUUAUUAAUUUAAUGUGUAUUAUUAUUAUUUGUAUUAAUAUUUUUU